CCGGCAGAAGAUGGCGUCUCUACGCUGUCGGCGAGAUCCCUGCGGCAUAAUCUGUCUGAUUUUAACGUAUUUCAGCGUGUUUUACGCAGAUUACGUGGUCAUUCAGUAUGUCCUCAUCCCCACGUUCUCCGGCAGUGUGUGGUGUUCUCUUCACGGAUCAGCCUUUAACCUGAUUCUGCUGCUGCUGCUCGCCUGUCACUCCAAAGCUGUCUUCUCAGACCCUGGUAUGGUGCCUCUUCCCGACACGGCGAUAGACUUCUCAGACCUUCGCUCGCAGUCGUCUCGCAUGAAUGAGCGAGGUUGUGAGGGCUGGACCGUGUGCAGUCGCUGUGAAACCUACAGACCUCCCAGAGCGCACCACUGUCGCGUCUGUCAGAGAUGCAUACGCCGCAUGGACCAUCACUGUCCGUGGAUCAAUAACUGUGUCGGGGAGUUAAACCAGAAGUAUUUUAUCCAGUUUCUCUUUUACACGGGUAUGGCCAGUCUGUACUCGAUGGUGCUGGUGGUGUCGGCGUGGGUUUGGAGGAUCAGGAACGAGAGAGAAGGCGACGCAGAGAGAGACGGAGACGAGACGCCGAGUAAACACCUGAUCGUUGCUCAUUACAUCAUCCUGCUGGUGGAGUCGGUGCUGUUUGGUGUUUUUGUUAUGGUUAUUUUCUAUGAUCAGUUGGUGUCCAUCAUCACAGACGAGACGCCCAUCGAGCAGAUGAAGAACAGACUGAUGAUCAAAGACAGAGGAGCUUCCUCCUCUUCCUCCUCCUCUUCAUCACAGCUGCCUCACCAACCGUCGCACACUCGCAAACCCAAGCUCGCUCUGCUGCGGGAGGUCUUUGGAAGAGGUUCGGUGUUCUGCUGGCUGCUUCCUCUUCACUCCAGCCCUCCGUCCGUCGGCGGCAUCACUUACUCCGCCCUGCCCGACUACGACGUCUGACCUUUGCCCUGUGAGACAGAGAGAGGACGAGGACGAGGAAGAGGAAGGUUUUGUGCGUGUGUGUGUGUGUGUGUGUGUUUUGUAUGAAUUUGCUGCCUCACUACGACGUCUUAUCUGUGGAAAUGAUGAAGAGACAAGAUGGCGGAUGAAGAGUGUGAGUGAAUGUUUGUUUUCAUUCCCGAGGACGUGAAACAACAUAAAAACUUUCCUGUGUCUCGCGUGAAAAGCACUGACGUUGUGUCCUGACCUGUCGUUUAAAUACCAGCAUUUAUUUAUUAUUUACAUUGUUACAUUUUCACGUGGACGUCGCGUAGAUAUUUGUUAUGUUAAAUCUGCAGAUUUUAGGCCAUUCUAUUCUAUUUUCUUCCCCAAAAUUAUUUCUGCACAUUCUCAGAUUUCUAAAAAAUAAUUUGGCGCGAACAAACAAAUUAGAACAAUGUUGUUUUCAAAUCUCAAAGAUUGCGAUGUAACUGUUAUCGAACACAACACAUAAAAGUAGGAAGAAACGAUUCUUAAGUUUGUCAUCCUUGUUUACAUGUUUAUGCAAAAAUCGCGUUUUAAAUUCGUUAAAGCGAAAGUAAUGUGCACCUUAUUUUCAUUUUUAUUGCAAAUUGAAUCACAAUCACGUUAUCCGCAGUACGAUAUUUUCCUGGUGAAAAUGAUUCAUUGUAUUCUUUGUCAAAAGCUAACUCUUUGCUUGCGAUGAGCCCCUAGUGGUGACGUGAGAUACUGCAGCAUACAACAUAUCAUUUCUGUUUUUGAGUCCACGUCAGUCAAACCUCUGUGCUUUUAUUCUGAAACAAUGGUGCGUUCAAAGUGCGUCAGUAUUUUUUUACUUUUGAGACUUUUGUAGCACAGAAAACUUUUAUUCUCCGACUUUUACAAGCGACUGAAUAAGCAGCGACUCGACCGAUCGCGACUGAUCGGAAAUUUGCGGUUUGACUUUGCCCUGAAGCUAAAACUAGUUAGCUUAGCUUAGCUUAAAUCGGCUGUAGGCGACGUUUGAAGCCCCAGUCCGGCGGUAAACAAAGACCUUGUUGUUUACGAAACAAAAACAGGUGUUUGUUGUUCACGUUAACACAGACAUCAAACAAAGCAAAUAAAACACGGUUUUAUGUUUUUUUUAUCAUAAAAAGCGAAGGUUUAUGGUCAAAAGAAGACUUUUUUUUUCUUUCUGCUGGUGAAACUGGUUAUUCUGCUUAUUUAUUUGUUGUUUUUGUCUUAAAUCAACCCAAACAAUGACGUCAUACAAACAUCAGGAAAUAUCGAGACUUUAUUUAAUUUUUUUCUUUUUGACGUUGUUGGAUUUUUAAGGAAAAUUUUUUUGUUUUAAGUUUUUUUUAUCAUAAAAAGCGAAGAAUUGCAGUUUGUUUUUUUUGACGCGCCAACAAACUUAACUGUGUUACUGACAUUUCAGUGUUCUGUUUAUUAACUUAUUUAUUGUUUCUAACUGUUUACUGUGUAUUUAUUUGAUUGAUUUAAUUGUGAAAAAUGAAGCUGCUUUUUUUUUAAAGUUCACGUUUUACUGCGUUUACUGAGAAUGAACGUGUUCUCAAUUUUGUACUAAUUUAGAGGUAAAUAUUAUUAAUGUAAUAUUAUUAAAUAUUACACUGGAAGUAUUAUAAACAGCCUUUUCAGUUCCUCUACAUGCAGUAAAAUAAAACAUGUAUUUUUUUGUGUGUAUUAAUUAUCUCAUCUUCAUCACUUAAUGCUUAAAAAAUCUUU